AUGUCGUGGUAAGUAAACUUGUUUUGUAUGAUUAUACAUUUUUAUUUUUUUUUGUCACUCUAGAGCUCUAAUGAAAAUGGUCAAUGAGAAGCAGGAUGAUUGGGACAAGUAUUUGGAACCUACAUUAUUUUCUUUGCGGUCAAAAAUUCAAACAACCACAAAAUUUUCCCCAUUUCAAUUAAUGUACGGAAGGGAGGCAGUGUUUCCCGUCGAAGUUCCUGUUGAAAUGCCGCUUUCCAAUAUCAUUCUCCCAAAUGAGACUAAUUAUGUUUCCUUCAUGGAGGAGAAGAAGGCUGCAAUGGAGAUGGUGAAAGCCACCACGAAGGAAAAUAUCUCCAAGUCUCAGAACAGACAAAAGGAAGCCCAUGCUAAAAAAACACAGAAGAAGUAUAAAAACUUAACUUAUACCAUUGGGCAAGAGGUGAUGCUGUUCAAUAUGAGGAAAAAAGGCAGGAAAGGAGGAAGGAUAGAACCAGACUUCAAUGGCCCUUACACAAUUCAGGCAAUAUCUGGGAAGCUGGUCACAUUGUUGAAUACCGAUGGAGUGCCUUUAAAGACAAAACACAAUGUGGACCACCUAAAGCCUUUCCGGAGGCCAAAAAGUGACAAGGAAGGCGAUGAUAAUGCUAUGAAGACACCUACAGGUCACAGCUGUACCAAUAUUACCCCUCUUCAGAGACCUUCUGUCAUAACUUUUGCUCCGGAAGUACUGAAACAUAACACAAUGGUCACGAUUGAGGUACAAGCAAACUCUGUAUCUGCUUAA